AUGGAAACAGCAGUGAUUCUCCUGGCUGUCUGUUGCCUUCAUGUCUGCUCUUCAGUACCUGUGAGCCGUCCAAGCAACUGGCUCAGACAAUGCCGUGCUUCUACCAACCUCUCCAUCACAGCACUGGAGGUGCUGCCAGGUGGAGGAUGGGACAAUCUCCGAAACAUGGACAUGGGUCGAGUCAUGAACCUCAGCUACUCCCAGUGCCAGACCACUGAGGACGGGGUCUACUUCAUUCCAGAUGAAGUGUUUGUCAUCCCUCACAAAGAAACAGGCGUGGAGACCAGCUCAGAGAUAAUCAGGUCCUGGCUUGAGCAGAAAAGCUCGACAUCUGAAAGCAUUAAUGCAGAUACAUCCUUCCCCUUGGUUCUCAAUGGUAAAUUUUCUGCUGAGAGCAAGAGGAUGAAAACACAUCAGAUCAAAGACUCUUCAAAAACAGCCAGAGUGCAGGUUCGUAACUUCAUCUACACAGCUAACGCUUAUCCAGACUUCACUCUGGACGCACGGUUUGCUCAGCAAGUCAGAGACAUCGCUGAUGCGAUUGAGAACAACCAGACGAAAAAUGCGGACUAUCUCUCAGAGAUGAUGGUGCUGGACUAUGGAACUCAUGUCAUCACUAGUGUGGAUGCUGGGGCGGCUUUGGUGCAGGAGGACUAUCUCCGUUCCUCAUAUGUGUCAGACAGUGAGUCAGAAAGUUCCUCUGUGAAAGCAGAGGCUGGAUUAACCUUUUUUAAUAAACUAAAGUUUGACAUUAGCAGUCAAAGUGCCCAACAGAGCUCAUCACUUCAAACAUAUCAGUCCAACAUUACAUACUCUCUCAUUCAAAGCCAUGGAGGUGCACCCUUUUAUCCUGGCAUCACUCUGCAGAAGUGGCAGGAAAGUACCAGAAACAACCUUGUUGCCAUCGAUCGCUCAGGAUUUCCUCUGCACUAUUUUAUAAACACCAACACGCUCACUGAUCUGCCACACCCUACGAUUAGAAAAGUUGCUCUCACAAUUAGUCGGGCCAUAGAACGCUACUACAAGAUCAAUACUCGCCCUGGGUGUGUCAACAUCAACUCCAAGAAUUUCAACUUCCAGGCUAACAUGGAUGAUAAUUCCUGUGAGGGUCCAGCUACCAACCUCAGUUUUGGUGGUGUCUACCAAAAGUGUGAUCCCACGUCAUAUGUACCUUCACUUUGUGAUGCUCUGGCCCAGAAAAACCCAGAUACAGGUGAUUUCUCCUGUCGUCCACCUUAUUUACCAACUUUACUGAGAUCAGAGGUGAGACAGCAGAGUUACUCUAAAUAUGAAUGUCAAGAGGUACCUUAUUCCUGUUUUAUAUUUAUUUGUCAUGAAACACGCUGUCAGGAUGUAAACUAUGUUCGCUAUGCUCGAAUCAACACCUACUGGUGCUCUGUAAAUGGCCAGGCUCCAGAAAACUCAGGGUAUCUGUUUGGCGGCAUAUACAGCCCCUCGCUCCUGAACCCCUUCACGAAAAGCAAAAGCUGUCCCCCAAAUUUCAUUCCAGUAAAGUUCCUUUCAGAUGGCGAGGUGAUCUGUAUGAGUAAAGACUAUGAGACAGGCACCACAUACUCAAUACCAUUCGGAGGUCUCUUCAGCUGUGAGUCAACAAACCCACUGGCAAGGAAUCAGUACAGGUGCCCUCCCGAAUUCAGUCAGCACCUUGCUGCAAUCAGUGAUGGCUGUGAAAUCCUCUACUGUGUCCAGUCUGGACUGUUCACAGGUGGAGAGCUCCAACCAAUUCGUCUGCCUCCGUUCACAAAACGCCCACUUAUCAGCAUGCAAGCCACCAACACAGUAAUGGUGAUGACUGAAGGAGAAAACAGCUGGGUGAGAGUGGGCCGGACCAAGAGGUGGAAACUUGCCAAACCAGAAGAAAUCCAGGAAAUUGUUCAAGGCCUUAACCCUGAACUCAGUCAGAUGUCUAAUGGAGAAAGGGCAGGUGUAGUUUUUGGUGUGAUGGGUGUGAUGCUGAUGGUGGUUAUAGUGACAGUUUUCCUAGUGAAGAGGAAGAGGAGGAGGUCUGGGUUUAGAAGUAGAGCUUAUGAGGAAAUGCGUGAAGAGGGUGAUAGCGAACAGCAAGACGAGGCUUGAGAGAGGAAUAUAGCUUAGAGCAUUGGGUAUGCAGCUACAGAGAUUAAACUAGUGUCGCAAAUUCUGCUUUUAACUCCUCUUUUUAUUGUAUAAUCAUCCAUGGUUCUUACAAGAGUUAAAAAUGUUCACAUUUAAGAGGUUCUAUUUUGAUUCAGCCCUUUCAGCUUUUAGUAUAUGUACUUUGUAAUUUGUACUCAUAAAUUUUAUACUGUUAUACUGUAUUCUUGGCAAAUGGAUUUGUAGCAACGUAGCUUUGUCCUUAUCUUAAUGUAAACAGUGAACCCAAUACUGCCCCCUUGAGGCCAAAAUGCACAAUACCAUUAUGAUGUGUAUAAUUCCAGUUUUUGCACCAAGAACUGUAUUACUUUGAAACUGCUUGCAAUAAACAUGUAUAACUGA